AUGCCUAGGCUAGACAAUGAGGGCCGCGAGGUGAAUUUUGUGGAUACUCUCUAUACCAAAGGGAGGCACCAGAACACCCGGUUCUUGGUGAGGCCGCCAUUCCGUUUGGGUCUGAAGUUUUCCGGCUUCAUUCUAUCGGUUCCAGCACAUUUGCAUUUCUGUCUAGGCGAAAUAAUUUUUGGAGGUUGCAUGGGUUCGUAUAACGAGCUGAUAUUUCUUCCCGCCUGGGCACCUUUGCAUCGCAUCCCAGCCGAUUGGACGUCAGGCAAGGCCGCCGGUAUCGCCGCCAUGCUCUCCGUCUCUUAUACAGCGCUGCUCCAAGCUAGGAUCCAGCCUCGCGCUGAUGUAGCCUUCGGUCCCAUUGGGCGCAUCGACCGGAACUUGAAGUGCAUUGCUCACUGGGGCAAGGUUCUGAUCGUGGGCUUCGCCGGCAUAAAAGUUGGGAUGGAACAUAUCGCCAUGAACGGAGUGUUUCUGAAGCAAGUCUUACUGGUCAGCUAUAUGAAAAAGGGCGAAGGAAAUGGAUUGCAAUCACCCAUAGUGAAUAACCCGAUACAGCCUACCGUGUACGAGAUUGAAUACAAUGGGCUCGAAAAUGCCCCUCGGGCGCUUGAAAGAUAUGACGAACCGAAAGGUAUGGGGCAAGGCAGUCGUCGUGCUGAAUAA